GGGGCAGGGUCGGCUCCGCCCUCCUCCAGAUGUGCGCCUCUGCGCGGUCUCUCCAGUCCGCUGCUGGCUUCGGCAGAGUGCGGAGCCUCGGGAAGUCCAACAGGAGGACGCAGGCAGUGUGACACUUGCAGCACAGGUUAACCUGCGAGGACUCGGCACCCGCCAGAUCCCCGCUCCAUCUAAUGAGUCGUGACUCUGUCUGUGGCCCGUGAGGAGGGGAUUUUGGUCCCCGAAGGCUGUUUUUUUCCUUCUUUUUUUUCUUUUUUGUGUUUGGUUUGUUUCACCUGGGCAGCCUCAGACGCAGAGCUUGAUGGGAGAGAGAGGCAGGGCUGAGUGCGAUGCCAGUCCGGAGCGCCGCUGAGCAGGGAGCUUCAGACAGGGAGCGGUCUGCUGCGUUCUCACACGACCUGUGUGAUUUAUCAGUUCGCCUUUUUAGAAGUGGCCCGAGGGUUUUCUCCACAAGGAAAAAGAAAACAAAAAACAUCUAGGAUUUAUUUCAUUCUUUUUUUCCCCUUCCUCUGUCUUCGGGGGGGCUGGAGGGGGGGUCUCUCUCCUGGCGAUGGAAUGGGGAUGUAAGCGGUUUCCACAUGCGUUUGGAAGAGGUCGCCUCCAGACUGAGAAGAGAAAACUGCAGGGGCGUUGUGGUUAAUUGAAAUCGAUCCGGUGGUCUCUCUCUUUUUUUUCUCUUCUUCUUUUUGAAUGUGAAGCAGGAGCAGAGGGUCUUUUUCCUCUCCUCUCCUGUCCUCUCCUGUCCUGUCCUCACCCCCCUCCUCUCACCCCCCAACAUGACUUCACUGUCGGGGACCAAGGAGAGGUCUGUGAGCAGCCGGAGCAGAAAAUAUGGGGCAGUGAGACUCAUGAAAAGCCCAUUCCAGUAGAUUUGUGUCCACACAGCUGAUUGAUGCCUCUUUGAAGAUCACAUUUCACACAUCACCGCUCCUGGUGUCACAACAGCGGUCUGCAUUCUCACUGAUAGAUCUCCCACAUCUCUUAAUUAUCACUGACCGAGGAAAUCAGAGCUUGUGAGGGAGUGCAGCAGCCUCUCGACGCCGGCAGCACCACAUCAAUGGGUCCCUCCUCUCUCUGACUGGAUUCACCCAGCCGCAAAAGAUCUAAUUUUCAACUCCUUGUGGCUCAUUUGAUGUUCCCAUCCCAUGCGGCGGUCUGAAUGGAGGAGCACAACACAGGUCUCCACAGGGAACCUGACUUGAUCCUGUUUAGAUGGUGCCCGACACUUCCCCGACCAAAUCUGCCUCCUUCUUCCCGGACACAUGGUACCGAAAGGCCUACGAGGAAACCUCCCGCUCCAGCACACGCCCGGCCCCGGAGGGAGCCGGCUCCAUGCCGAGCUCCACGGGCACCCCGUCCCCGGGCUCAGGAAUCUCCUCGCCAGGCUCCUUCUCUGGAUCCCCCGGGACCAUCUCUCCGGGGAUUGGGACAGAGUCUCCCGGUUCUCUAGGUGGCUCCCCAGGUUUUGGGACAGGAUCACCGGCCUCUGGCAGCGGAAGUUCCCCUGGCAGCGAAAGAGGGAUCUGGUGCGAGAACUGCAACGCUCGGCUGACAGAGCUGAAAAGACAAGCACUGAAACUGCUCAUCCCCGGACCUUACUCCAGCAAGGAUCCGUCCUUCUCUCUCCUCCUUCACGAUAAGCUCCAGGUGCCAAACAGUUCCCGGCGGGCGUGGAACGAACGCGACAGCCGCUGUGAUGUCUGCGCCACUCACCUCACUCAGCUCAAACAGGAAGCUGUGCGCAUGGUCCUCACUCUCGACCAGUGGGACUUGUCUCCCACUUCUUCCCCGACAGCCCUGAUCGGACGAUAUGGAUCUCAAGGACCUCCGGGUCCAAUGGGAGCAUCUGGAGCUGGAUCUCGAGAUUGGCCUCCGCCUUUCCUCCCUUCUUCUUCCUCCUCGGCUGCUGCCGCCAUUUCACAUCCUCCUCACCAGUCCUCCCAGUCACCUUCCCCGAGCCCAAGCCAGACCCCAACGCCCAGCCCGAGCCACGGACCAUCCAACACCGGCCAUGGGAGUCCCUCAGCAGGGCAAACGUCCAGCAGCGCUGCCACAAACGCACAACCUCAAGGCCCAGGGCACAGACUGGGGUCCAAGCCCAGCUCCCUGGGGCUGGGAGGUGGGGUGGACAGGAGGAAUGGGUCGCCCAGUUCAGGAAAAGCUGGUGCCCAACAGCAACCAGUGACUGGAGUAAGCAGCCCUGGCAAUAACGGUGCUAACAGCAGUAAUAACGGGGGUGGAGCAGUACUGAGUGCAGCAGCUCUGCAGGCCCAUCAGCACCUGAACAGAACUAAUGGAGGAGUUACACUCUAUCCGUACCAGAUCUCCCAGAUGGUCUCUGAGGCUUCCAGAGAAGGCUUGACCGAGGCCGCCCUGAACCGCUACAACACACACUCUCCUUCACACACAAACUCAUCACCGUCGCACACAAACUCUCCGUCUCACACUCCGGCCGCGACCACAACAGCACCCCCCCCCACCACCGCCACCUCCGCUGCCGCCUCCUUCUUUGCCAGAGCUGCACAAAAGUUGAACUUAGCGUCCAAGAAGAAGAAGCAGAAAACCGCCGCAGUCACAGCCCCAGUGACAUCAUCAUCUCCGUCAUGUGACCCGCCUCUGUUCCCCACCAAUUUCAGCUCCGCCCUGUUGAUGGCCCCUCCCCCGGCUCCACCCUGCCUUCUCCGUGCAGCUAACAAAAUCAAAGACACCCCUGGGCUUGGAAAGGUGAAGGUGAUGGUACGUGUGUGCCCGGUGUCUCAGUCGGACGCAGCCGAGUCCAGCUCCUUCCUCAAAGUGGAUCCCAGGAAGAAACAGAUCACCAUCAUGGACCCCUCAGCCAAUCAGACGCCAAGCACUCCCUCCCAGAAGCGGGCAGCAGCCAAUCAGGUUCCUCCGAAGAUGUUCACCUUUGACGCUGCGUUCCCUCCUGAUGCGUCACAGGCGGAGGUGUGUGCGGGAACAGUUGCGGAGGUGAUCCAGUCGGUGGUGAAUGGAGCAGAUGGCUGUGUCUUCUGUUUUGGACACUCCAAGCUUGGUAAGUCUUACACAAUGAUCGGCCGCGACGACUCUCUUCAGACUCUGGGUAUAAUCCCCUGUGCCAUCUCCUGGUUGUUUAAACUCAUCAACGAGAGGAAGGAGAAAACAGGAGCACGAUUCUCCGUUCGUGUCUCUGCAGUCGAGGUUUGGGGGAAAGAGGAGAACCUUAAGGACCUGCUGUCUGAAGUCGCCACUGGCAGCCUCCAGGACGGUCAGUCACCUGGAGUCUACCUGUGUGAGGACCCCAUCUGUGGCAUGCAGCUCCAGAAUCAGUCUGAACUACGUGCUCCGACCCCAGAGAAAGCGGCCUGGUUUCUGGAUGCGGCCAUAGCAGCUCGCCACAGCAGCCAACGCCCCAACACCACUGAAGAAGAACACAGGAACUCGCACAUGCUGUUUACGUUACACAUAUACCAGUACCGCAUGGAAAAGACCGGCAAAGGAGGGAUGUCGGGAGGGCGCAGUCGUCUCCACCUGCUGGAUCUAGGCAGCUGUGAUGUCAAAGUGCUUGGAGGAGGAGUAGGAGGAGGAGGAGGAGGAGGAGGAGCAGCAGCAGCAGCAGGAGGAGGAGGAGGAGGAGGUGGUGGUGGUAAAAGCAGGGAGAACUCUUCACCCAGCUCAGCCCCUCUUUGCCUUUCUCUGUCUGCCCUCGGCAACGUGAUCCUGGCCCUGGUCAACGGGAGCAAGCACAUCCCAUACAAGGAUAGCAAGCUGACCAUGUUGCUAAGGGAGUCGCUAGGCAACAUGAACUGCCGGACCACCAUGAUUGCUCACAUCUCCGCCUCACCCAGAGAUUUCUCAGAAACCCUUUCCACCGUCCAGAUUGCUUCCCGCGUCCUCCGCAUGAAAAAGAAGAAAACUAAAGUGACCGUGCAAUACACCUCAAGUUCCUCUGGAGGAGAGAGUUCCUGCGAGGAGGGUCGCAUGCGUCGUCCGACCCACCUGCGGCCCUUCCAUCACCGCGGUGACGCUGACUCAGACCUCCCAUUGCUGCGACUGUCCAGUGACCCUGACGAGUACUCGAGCAGCGAGCAGUCAUGUGACACGGUGAUCUACGUGGGACCGAAUGGGGCUGCGGUGUCGGAUAGAGAGCUGACUGACAAUGAGGGGCCGCCAGAGUUUGUACCGAUUAUUCCCGCUCUGCUUCGAGGUAAAGCGCCGGAGCCGCAGCAGGCACAGAAUCAGGCAGCUGGAGCUCAGAGCAAGGUGCCGUGUCAGCCAGAGGAGCAGCCCAGCGGCCCCUCUCAGCCCCUCCCUCAGCCCUCUCAGUCACUGCUCGGGCAGCCGCUGGCGCCCGUCCCAGAGGAAGGAGCCGAGUGCCUGAAGUGCAACACCUUCGCCGAGCUGCAGGAGAGACUGGACUGCAUCGAUGGCAGCGAGGAGGUGGCAAAGUUCCCCUUUGAAGAGGUUCCAGCGAGCAAACAGGGUGCCAAACAAGAGCCAUGUCCUUCAGGCGCCCCGGCCUCAGCUCCUUCUGCUCCAGGGUCUGCUGCUGUGUUGGAGACAGACACCAAAACAGGGUCUGCGUGUGCUGUAGGAGGAGCAGCAACAGCCUCCAGGAGGAGGACCAAUGACCAGCAGCUGCAGGAGAUCAAGGAGGUGGUGGAAGAGGCAGAGCUGGCCCACACAAUGAUCCACAACCUGGCUCAAAGUUCUGGUUCCCCCAUAGUAACUAACACCAGGAGCGUCACAGGAAGCAGCAGCAUCACCUCCAACCCACUGCAGAGGGCCAAGAGCUCCCACCUGAAUGACAGCCGCGAGGCUCUGAAUGCGUGCGCUGAUGGGAAGGCACGCCCACUAGGAUCACCGCGCCUCGGCAUCGCCAGCUUGACCAAGACCUCAGACUACAGGCCUCCGUCCUCUCCAUCCCAGCGGUGUAAAGUGUAUACCCAGAAGGGUGUGAUGCCAGCAACACCCCCUCUGUCCUCACACACUCUGGCUCAAGACGGCCAGGCCACCGAUGCUUUGACCUCAGAUAACAGCUUGGCUGCAGACAGUGGCCGGUCCUCCACAGAGUCCGUGUUAUCCAGGACUUCUCCGGUGGGCAUGAGCCCACAAAUCCGAGAGCCAACUCCGUCUCUAUCUGCCAGCCUGGGCUCAGCUGAGACGCUCUGUGAUGACGACGUCCCGCCCAUACCCUUGGACACACACAGGGAGGGGCUGUCAGUGUCUGUUGGAACAGUUGGACCUCUCUCACUUGGGGAGGAUGAACUGGUAUACACUGUGGCUUCUGCAGGGGUGGAGAACCUUGACAUCACAGCUCUCAUGGAGACUCAGGGCCUUACCUGUCAUCCAACGAGCAUCAUCAGCUUCAACAGCGACCAUUGCUGUGUCACUGCCCUCGCCCCGGGCACUCAGGCCGUCAGCAUCAUUAGCGGCAUGGCUGAGGAUGGAGCGGUGGAGGAUUAUCACAUGCAUGCAGGUGCUGCAACGACCUCUGGGGUUGUUGCCAUGGCAGAGGUGGCCAUGGCCAAGCUGCGGAUAGAAGGCGAAGCCUUAGCCACAGCGACGUCUAACAAUGGGUCACCCAUCUCCUCCUGGAUGAGUGACCUGAGCGUGGGCAGUGAGGCAGACCAGUCCCUCCACAGCUUCAGUCAGUCCCAGAGCCAGCAAGGGGAGGCCCUGGCUGAACCCGAGCCCUAUGGGGCGGAGGGGCUCGGCGCCUACGAAAGCUGCAGCAGCCCUAGAAGAGGGAGCUUGGAAGGAGAGGUGGUGCUGUCAGAGAAUGGGAGUGAUAAGGGAACUCCAACCAAAGACAAGCUGAGGAAACUGCCUCCCUCUAUGGCUAAAACUAACAUCCAGGUUCUGACGGGACCUGGUAGCUUCUCCCCCUUCAAGACCACCAUCAGCGUGCACCCAUGCGUGGCUGUCAAACCCAUGGCUUUACAGGAGCCCACCAUCCUCUCUUCACCUACCAAGACUGGCUUAAUGAAAGACUCAGGCAGAUUUAAUGCACCGCUGUUAGCUUCUAUUUCCAGCGAGAUGAGUUUUGAAGACCCCUGGUUGAAGCGCGGCACGGAGGAGGGAAGAUCCAGGGCCGGAGACCACCGGAGCCUCUGCAGGGAUGGUGGGGAUCAUGGCAGCUCUAGUUCAGGUGGUGAGCCUGUGUCUUCUCCAGAUUCCUUUAAGAGAGUGGUGGAUGGCUGUGAGAUGGUCGCUGUUGUAGCUCAUGGCGAAUGCCUGACUGGUAUCUACAGCCCAGAUAUCCACCGCACUGCCAGUCUGCCUCGCGGCUGGCACCGUCUCAACCGCCAUGAUGGCUUAGACACCGGGGUCGAGUACCGCAAUCUCGGCGUCACCACCUCGACUCCCUGCAGUCCACGCUCCACUCUGGACCGCCGGGGAUCCAACGGGAAACAGGGCUUUUUCUCCCACAAGAAGGGGGGAAUCCCACCCCUGCCACCAGUACGGAAGUCUAGCCUGGACCAGCGGAACAGAGCAGCCAGUCCUCUCCACCAACUCAGCCACUCAUUACUGGGCAGCUCAGCAGAUGAUGCAGGGAUAUCUGGCCCUGCAGGGUUCAGCAGGGAGCGAGGCUCCAGCAUCGACAGCAGCAGACUCUUCAGUGCCAAGUUGGAACAGCUCGCGAACAGAACCAACUCUCUGGGUCGGGUCCACAGCUCCCACAGUGGUUCCCACCACUAUGACUGCUUCUCUCUGGAGAGGGGUGGAAGCCUAAGGGGGGGAGGAGGCGGAGUGAGGGGGGACAGCACCAUGCCUCGCACAGGGCGCAGCCUCACCCGCGCUGGAUCUGUAUCGUCUCCUACUGGGAACACCAGCAGCAGUGCCAGUGCCAGUUCUGGACCAAGCAGCGCUCCUCAGUCACCAGCCAAAUCCAGCGGCCAGUCAAAGAUCUCAGCAGUCAGUAAGCUGCUGAUGACCAGCAGUCCCAAGUCCAGGAGUCUGUCUGCCUCCAGCACCAAGACUCUGAGCUUCUCCACCAAGUCUUUAAGCCAAACCGGCAGCCGCAGCUCCAGCCUUCCUCCUAAUGGAAAGCCCCAGAGCUCAGUCCAGAGCCCUCUGCAGCAGCAGCAGCAGCAGCAGCAGCAGCAGGGACCUUCCCCUGGAUCUUGGUCUACCCAAUCUUUGAGUCGCAGUCGAGGGGGAAGCCUGGCUGCCAAACUGCCUCUCCGGGCUGUAAACAGUCGGAUCUCAGAGCUCCUCCAGGGAAGUGCAGGCUCCCGUUCCAGGGGUCAUGCCCAGGGAGGGGGCACUGAUCCAGGAGAGGAGAGAGGAGUUGGAGGGGCAAGUGGAGCUGGAGCUGGGGCAGGAGCUGGAGCUGGGGCAGGAGCUGGAGCUGGUGCAGGAGCUGGAGCCGGAGGUGGUGUUGGUGUUCCAGGAGAGGAGAGGACAGCAGUGGUCCAAACGCUUCCCUCUCCCUACAGCAAGAUCACAGCUCCCAGAAAACCGCACCGCUGCAGCAGCGGCCAUGCAAGUGACAACAGCAGUGUACUGAGUGGCGAGCUCCCUCCCGCCAUGGGUAAGACGGCCUUGUUUUACCACAGCGGAGGCAGCAGUGGUUAUGAGAGCAUGCUGAGAGACAGCAGCGAGAACACAGGAAGCACCUCCUCCGCUCAGGACUCCCUCAGCGAGCACAGCUCAGCCACCACCUCCUCUAGACGGAGCUCCAAGAGCAGCAAGAAGAACCGGAGCAACACAGGCCUCCAGCGUCGUCGUCUGAUCCCAGCGCUGACCUUGGACUCUUCCUCCUCCUCCUCACCAUCUCAUCGCUCCUCCAAACAGGCCAUUACGUCCUCUUCCUCCUCCUCCUCCAGCCCGGGUGCAUGCUGGGUAGAUGGCCCACUGGGGCCCCCAGCUCCCUCAAACCUCCGGGGUGCGACUGCGACGACUGAAACCUUUGAGAUCAAGGUGUAUGAGAUCGAUGACGUUGAGCGACUGCAAAAGAGGAGAGACAAAGGAGGGAGCAAGGAGGUGGUGUACGUCAGUGCCAAACUCAAACUGCUGGAGCACCGUCAGCAGAGAAUCAGUGAGGUGAGAGCCAAGUACCAGUGUCUGAAGAAGGAGCUGGAGCAAACCAAACAGCACCUGAUGCUGGAGCCACACAAAUGGACCACCGAGUUUGAGCUACAGCAGGUCUACGAGGUGGACUCUCUAGAGUAUCUGGAAGCUCUGGAGACUGUGACGGACAAACUGGAGACCAGAGUAAACUUCUGCAAAGCUCACCUCAUGAUGAUCACCUGCUUCGAUGUGUCCUCAAGACAUCGGUAGACAGACGGUGGGACGGAGAAGCAGACACACCGCUGGAUGCAACCAGAUGUCCACAUUUAGACCUUUUGCCCUCAAAAAAAUCGAUCAAACAAACACCUAUUGAACAAAUCUCCUACACUUCUGCAUCUCAUCGGAUGACUGGAUAGUUAGGGACAUCCUAACGUCUCCUGUGGAUGUACGUUGACAGAAGGACAGAUGGAUGGAGAGAUGGAUGGAUGGAUAAAAGAGAUAUAUAGAGACAUCUGACAGGCCAACAGACAGAUGAGUCCAUAGAUGUUUUUUUUUUCUCUGAGCUUUGGAAACAACCUCAGAAGGAGACAUUAAACAGCAUCUAAUGGACGGGCAACUUUGAAUCAGAUAAAUAUGGCUGCCCGAAGGGGGUAGACAGACGGUUCUGAGUCUGGAAAGACAGAUCAAACACACCACACAGUUUUCAGAGAAGUGAAUAAUUGGACUGCUGAGACACUUCUCAGACUGAACAUUUAGGAAUGUAUGCAGAGGGAAGGACUGAGGAAAGAGAGGACACAAAAACUGCCAUUUUUCAAACAAAGACGGACAAAGAAGAGGUGCAUGAGGAAAAGAAGAGUUUCCCGUCUCCCCUCGUUUCAGAAGAGCACUUUUUGGAGUUUACACAGUUGAGUGCUGACUACAGAACAGCCUGGUAUUGUUGUGCAGUGAAUAAAAAAGAGACUGACCAAGAGAAAGACAGGAGGACAAAGAAAAAAAUGAUUUAGAUAAGUGCCUUGUGAACAUAUCAACAAUACCAAGACCAGUUCUCUCUUCUCUCUGAAAUUUGUGAACAUGCAGUAAAGUAUGGUGCUAGCAUAGAAAUAAAAUAAAUUUAAAAAAACAACACAGAAGAUCAGUGUCCUUGGAAAAUCUUUGAAUUUAUAGCCAUUUCUUAAAUGUGAUGUUUUUUGCUGUUGGUCAAUGUUUCAUUAUAUCAUAGACAAACUAAUACUUUGUGUUUGAAUCAACACUUAUGAGAGGAGACCAAAUGUAAACAAGAUCCCUUAAAAAAGUCAGAGAAGACCUACUGCACAUGGUAUAGAGGAAGAUAAGGGCCACUGUAGAAAACAAAAUUAAAAAUUGAAUUCUGACUCAGAAUUGAAGACAGAAAAAAGUUAGAAUUAUGAGAAAAAACGUUGUGUAAUGAAUUAUGAAAAAAAAAAAUAUAUGUAUAUAUAUAUUUUACAGUGGCCUCUUCUGUAUCACGGAGAAUAACACCAAGUCUUCUGUAAAACUGUUGCAAGGACCAAAAGUCAAAUAAAAAACAGCGAUUUUUCCAGGACACAGAGUUAUGUGUGUUUAAACAAAGAAAACAAAAAACACUAAUGCUAGUUUCUUGUCUUAACCUUGACUUCACUGGCAGACAAAAGCACAUCUUGAGUUUUUGACCCUCCGGGGCAUACGUACGGUUUCUUCCCCCCCGAUACACAUGCGAUGGCUUUUUCAUGUUCACAAAGCAAUGAAACGUCUGAGUCACAUAGGAGUGGAAGCGUUUUCUCUCUGAUCCAGUGUGAAGUACAUCCAUUGAUUGACUGACUGUCAGACCGACUGACUGACAGACUGUCUGUUGUUUGUAUCUGUGUUGUUCUGCUCUAUUCUAAAAAGAAAACUGAAUGAUUCGUCAAUGUGCGUGUUUUAUAAUAAGGUAUCCUUUUUUUAUUUGAGUGCAAUGGGACCACGUAGAGACGAUGUAUCAUAGUAGGAAAUAGGUUGAAGAGAUAUCUAUGAGUCAAUUGUGAGGAAAGUUCAGGAUAAGCUCAUUAAUAUACAGCGUUAAAGGCCUUCGCUAAGGUUUGUAUUAUUGGAACAAAGUAGUGAAUUUAGACUGGAAAUCCUGAAUUUGGGACUUUAAUUGUGGUUACAAAUGGGCUGGUUAAAACGUUUAAGUAUUGUCUUUUAUUGAAAGCACACAGACAUUAUAAAAGAACAACUAAAAAUAUAUAUUUAAAGGAAGGAAGGAGAGCUGAGGAAAGAAAAGGACGAUGACCAAAUUAAGAGGCGAAUGUCUCUGCCUGGUUCCAUUUUUUUUUGGACGGAUAGCAACACUUAUGAUUUGUUAAUAUUAUUAUCUAUGGUGCUUGAGAUGUUUAUGAUCUAAAUGUUUGUACAAAUAUAAAUAUAUGAAAGAGCCUGUUUCCCUCUGAAAUACAGAACAAUACCCUUCAAAUGCUUCUUCUGCAUCGCUGUCAUCACGUCUGUUUUCAACCACCGCCACCCUCUUUUCUCUGAACGCCUUUUUGGCCCAGCAAACAGAGAGCAUUCUGGGAGAUCCUGUUUGUUGUGUGAGAGGUUUAAGGAGGAGACGCCGCCGACUGUAAUGAUGUUGGUGGGAUCCGUCAAAAGCGUCCUAGCGCCAAAUGUAUCUUUCUCCUAAUGGAACAAACUCAGUCUUUAUCAUUUCCAAAGGAGUGACGUAGAAACAGGAAAUGACUUGUGAUCCUCUCCCGGCUGUGUAACGAGGUAAAACUCUUUCUCUUUGUGCGGCGUACACCUGAAGUGACAGCCGCGAGAUAAUCUAGUGGGAAAUUACCCGAGGAGCUAAGAUGCUUUUGACAGAGCGGACCCAUGAAGCGUCUCUGCAGGAGGCGAGCGAUGUCGCCCUGUGACACCUCUAGUCGUUUCAGUUCACCGAGCCAGUCAUGAAUGAAGGUUUUUAUUUAUUUGAGCUCAGGAGAGCAGAGUCGCUCAUUAUUAUUAUUAUUAUUAUCUUCUUAUUUAUUUACACCUUAUGAUCUUAAAAGUUACUAUGCAUUCAAGGAAAAGAAAAAAAUAAACUGUACAUACUUUGCUGAGCCCAUGUCACAUAUAAAUAUAUAUACUGUACACAUAU